UAAAAAAAAUAAACACAAUACAAACAUAGACACUUAUACCUACACGCAUACGCUCAUCCCUAUAAACGCACACACGCACACCCUACCCCUUACGAGCACCUCCGAGAGACUCAGUCGACACAUCAUCUUGAGAUUGAUAAAGUCGCCACAGACGCCUUCAUAGUCGAUAGGGGACGUCUCCUCUCACUGAACGCACAUCGCCGGAGGUUUGAAAUAUAUCUAGAAAUAUGUGAGCGCCAGCUCAAGUUUAGGACUUGAACCCUGAUGGGCUGGAGAUAUCACUGUCUUCCUAGACAUCCAAUCAUAGGCCUACUCAACUUCAUCGACGGGCUAUGGUCGGCAAGCGGCGGUGAGCGGAUCAUCAUCUUCACCACCAACCACAAGGAGAAGCUGGACCCGGCGCUAAUCCGGCGGGGUAGGAUGGACAAGCACAUCGAGAUGUCCUACUGCCGCUUCGAGGGCUUCAAGGUGCUCGCCAAGAACUACCUAGACGUGACCGAGCAUGUGUUGUUCGGCGAGAUCCGGCAGCUGCUCGAAGAGACCGAUAUGUCACCGGCCGACGUGGCAGAGAACCUGAUGCCCAUGUCAAAGAAGAAAAAGAAGGACCCAAACAUGUGCUUGGCAGGCCUCAUCGCGGCGCUCAAACAGGCCAAGAAAGACGCGGUGACGGUUGCGGCAGCGGCAAAGGCGAAGGAGGAAGAGGAGGCAGAAGCAAAGAAAACCAAGGAGAAAGAGGAACCCAAGGAAGACAAAUGAAUUAGCCAACCAAGACAUCAAACAAGUUUGAUUGCUCACUAGU